AUGGCCGUGAGCCUAGGAACCCCUAGACAGUUAAAUGACUUAACCAGAAAACCUCAGAAGUCAGAAGCUCUUAACAAAAAGGCAGCGGAUCCCUGGCAAAGCUAUCCUAUGGUGGGACCCACGGUUGGAGGUACCAAGGUUCAGUGGCUGGCCACCCUGCAACCAUUUGCCUCAGCAACUAUACCACACAAAGUGAGGAAAACUAAAACCGCUUGGAGUCUAACUGUUUCGGCUCCCAGCGCCGCCGUCCUGGUCUUCCUUAACCUUAUCUUCUGGGCAGCAGCAGGCAUACUGUGCUACGUGGGAGCCUAUGUGUUCAUCACAUAUGAUGACUAUGAUCACUUCUUUGAAGAUGUCUACACGCUAAUUCCAGCUGUUAUUAUCAUAGCUGUGGGAACACUUCUUUUUAUUAUUGGACUUAUUGGGUGCUGUGCCACAAUUCGAGAAAGUCGCUGUGGACUUGCUACAUUUGUGAUCAUCCUGCUCUUGGUUUUUAUCACUGAAGUUGUGGUGGUGGUUCUUGGGUACAUUUACAGAGCAAAGGUGGAGGAUGAAGUUGAUCACAGCAUUCGGAAAGUAUAUAAUGGAUACAAUGGGACAAAUCCUGAUGCAGCCAGUCGUGCUAUUGACUAUGUACAGAGGCAGUUGCGCUGCUGUGGGAUCCAUAACUAUUCAGACUGGGAGAAUACUGUCUGGUUCAAACAAACUAAAAAUAACAGUGUGCCGCUUAGCUGUUGCAAAGCAGCCCUCAGCAAUUGUACUGGCAGUUUGACCCGCCCAAUGGACCUUUAUUCUGAGGGGUGUGAGGCUCUGGUUGUAAAGAAGCUUCAGGAGAUCAUGAUGUAUGUCAUCUGGGCAGCACUAGCAUUUGCUGCUAUUCAGCUUCUGGGCAUGUUGUGUGCCUGUAUAGUACUAUGUAGGAGGAGUCGGGAUCCUGCUUACGAACUUCUCAUCACUGGCGGAACCUACGCCUAGAAGAGAAUGCAAACACGCAGUUCAAUCUUAGCUCACUUAUGUGGAAGGUGAAUGGGCCAGGUCUACUGCGAUAGCUUUCUUGCCCUAAGCUUAGAAAAGCACACCUUUCACAGAUGAGGACAGCUGUACUGUACACUGGUGACGGGCAAUACAAUUCAGCUUUACACGCCCAUAUAAUUACCUGUGACUUUCACUGUUUUAGCCAGCUAUUCAUGUAUCUAAAUGUUUUAGUAUACUAGUAAACUUUCUGAUUUCAGAACAAUUUUCAAGUUAAGUGUAAUUUGGUUGAUAUGAAAGUCAAAGGAUGUGUGCCUACUUUGGUAGAUUACCUCUAAGCAUUAACUGGCUGAUUCUUGCAUAUAGAGAGAGGAUUUCUUAAACCUUCACUACAUGGAACUUUUUUGGCCAAAGCUGUACAAAGGAAGCCAGCUGUUACUUAAUUUGAGAAAAAAUAUUUUAAUCUUGCCCCUCACCAGUGUCACUUUUUAAAAAAACACUUAAGUAAAGUCCAGUACACUUUAUGUAUAAAAAAAUGUUAAAAAAAAAAAAACCAAACAAAAAAAAAA